AUGGCAGCCACGGCUCUAGGCAAGCGUCAACGUGGUGCAAUUGAAGCAGAAGCACUACCUGUCCGAACUUCGAGCAAGCGCCGAGUGCAAAAACCUCGCAUCCUCAAGCAAGAGGACCAGCCGCCUGUACCUUCCACACGUCAACUCCGGUCAAGGACAAGAAACAGCAGUUCGAUCGAGCAAGAGAAUGAUGGCAACGUCAAGAGUCCUCCGGCCGAGAACGGACGCUCGAAACACACCGUUCGGGAUGAGCAACCCAUAUCUCCCACUAAGAUAAAUGGUCAUUUCCGGACUUCCAAAUCAGUGAAUGAUGAAAACACAAAGCCUGUUGAAUUCAAGACCCCUUCAAAGUCCCGAUUUCGAGAUGCCCUGGAUUCUCCUCCAACUACCCCGAAGCACAGAGUACAGGUUGGAGGGGUGUCUUUAACUCCGCGCACCCCUCGACAAAUCUCAACCCCGACCACAACACAAACGGUAUACACCCAAGCCAGGCAGUUAUUCGCGCGUGGCGCAAACUCCCGUCGCUUAGUCGGCCGUGAUACAGAAAGGGAAAAGCUGGCUUCAUUUAUCGAAGAUGGCGUGCAAUUACGCGAAGGAAACUGCUUGUAUGUCAGUGGACCUCCGGGUACCGGGAAAAGUGCAUUGGUCGAGGAGGUGUGUCGUGAUAUGGACCUCAAAUCUGUCAAGGCCACACAUGUCAACUGCGCGAGCAUGCGGAGUGCGCGAGACGUAUACAGCAAAUUGAUCGAGGAUCUUUGCGACGACACCCAAGUUUUCAAAAAGAGCGAGGCAGAUCGAUUGAAGGCAAUGUUCAUUCCAGACGAGAAAACCGAUGAUUUUUUCUUGGUCACUCUCGAUGAAAUAGAUCAUCUUCUCACUUCAGAUGCUGAAGUCCUCCAGUCGUUGUUCGAGUGGUCGCUACACAGCAAGUCAAGCCUCAUGCUUAUCGGAAUUGCCAAUGCUCUCGACCUGACAGAUCGAUCCCUGCCACGUUUAAAGGCGAAGAACUUGAAGCCCCGUCUACUUCCAUUUCUACCAUACAAUGCUAGCCAAAUCGCAACUGUGAUCACAAAUCGUCUCCGGUCGUUACUCCCUUCCGACCAAGACGUGGAAGCUAAUUUUGUUCCGUUUAUCCAACCCGCGGCAAUACAGCUUUGUUCGAAAAAGGUAGCGUCGCAGACAGGUGAUUUACGAAAAGCCUUCGAGCUCGUCAAACGCGCCAUCGAUCUCAUCGAGCACGAGAUACUACAGAAAUUGGAGAAACAGAACGCAGAUCCGACAAGCCCUUCUAAAACCAUAUUGGUGGAGAACAACAAUCUUUCGUCUGCCAAAAAUCCAGCGUCGAAGCAGAAUUCUACGUCGACAUAUACAGCCGUGACCGCGCCACGAGCCAGUAUUGCACAUGUAGCACGAAUUACUUCGUCUGCCUUCGGACAAGGCACUGUUCAACGACUUCAGGGCAUUAAUCUUCAACAGAAAGCAGCCAUCUGUGCUUUGAUCGCUCUCGACAGAAAACGCCGCGAGGGUGAAGUGCCGGCUACGCCGUCAAAGACCAAAAAUUCGGCACCAACUAUCAAGCAAGUUUUUGACACCUACUGCGCCCUAUGUCGAAAUGACAAUAUCCUACAUCCUCUCACAGCCACCGAAUUCAAAGAUGUCGUCAGCAACUUGGAGACUAUGGGCCUAGUGGGUGAAUUUCUGGGUCGUGGUCGAGGAGGCACUGUUGCUGGUGGCUCAGAUAUAAGACGCACCCCCUCGAAGUCCAGUAAUGGACCAUUGACGCCGAGAAAAGGCAUGGAUGAACAGGGCCUUGUUUGCUUUGUUACACAGAAGGAGAUCGAGAGUCAAAUCGCAGGCCCAGGGGAAGGUAUCUUGAGAAGAUUGCUUCAGGGCCAAGGACUCUGA